GACUCAGACUUGCCACGUCGGUUGCACCACGCACGUGACGUGACACCAUUGUAAAUCUCCUUCAGGCUCGUAUCUUGAAACUGUAUCGAGCAUUUAGCGCACACACGCCUUUCAUCAGACUCGAUGCUGAGGCUGCUCCUGCUGGGGGCGGUGGCGGCGGCGGCAACGCUGGAGGGGGCGGGGGAGGGCGGCGUGCAGGUGACCCUCAGCGGCGGGGUCUUCAAGGGGGAGACGCUGGAGGCGGGCGGCGAGCGGAAAGUGUUCUCCUUCAGAGGGAUUCCGUUCGCCAAGCCUCCCGUCGGCGCCCUCAGGUUCAAGGACCCGGUGCCUUCAGAGCCGUGGGAGGGCGUCAAGGAGAGCUUCACGCCGCCCCAGUGUCCUCAGUUCGACUUUAUGGGCUUAAGGGGGGGCGGGGAGAUGAAGGUGGUGGGCGAGGAGGACUGCCUCUACCUGCACGUCUACACUCCAAAGCUGUGUGGAGGCGAGCUGCUUCCCGUGAUGGUUUUCCUUCACGGCGGCGGCUUCUUAAUAGGGGACCCUGACAUGGGUGGAGGCUCCCCGCUGCCGCUGCUGACGAAGGACGUGGUGUUAGUGACGACGCAGUACCGUUUAGGGACGCUAGGCUUCCUCUACACCGGGGACGAUGUGAUUCCCGGCAACAUGGGGCUCAAGGAUCAGACACUGGCGCUCCGCUGGGUGCAGGAGAACAUCAGGAGCUUCGGCGGCGACCCAAAGCGUGUGACGAUCUACGGCCAGAGUGCCGGGGGCGCCUCCGUCCACUUCCAGAUGCUGACGCCCAAAGCUGAAGGACUCUUCCACCGCGCCAUCAUGCAGUCGGGCAACGCACUGAGUCCCUGGGCAGUCCGGAUGGAUGACCCCAAGCGCGUGGCAGCAGGUGUGGGCCGCCAGGUGGAGUGUGCAGGUGUGGAGGUGGACGGUCGGCUGGACAGCGUGGCGCUCCUCAACUGUCUCCAGAACGUCCCUGCAAGCGACCUCGUGAUGACUAGUGUGCAGGGCGAGACGUGGAACAACUUCCCUCUCCACAUGGUGCCGCGCGUGGACGGCGACUACCUGCCCGACCACCCCGCCAACCUGGUGCGGGAGGGGCGGUACAACAAGGUGGACGUCAUCUCGGGGGUGUGCCGGGACGAGGGGGCUAACUUCGGGCUGUUGGCCCUAACAACGCCGGUGGGGGAGCAAUUGUUGUCUGAGUUGCCGAGGCUCGCUGCCUUCUCGGUGGGCACGGACCAGGACGAGGAGCCCUUUUUCCUGGCGCGGAGGAUCUUCUUCCACUACCUGGGCGCCGGGAACCUCACCAUGACGGAGAGCAACGUUGACCGCUGGAUUGAGAUGAUCGGGGACACCUACUUCGCUCUCUCUCACGACCUCGCCUCGCAGUUCCACGCCCGCGACGCCGCCUUCGGGCACGGCGUCUACAUGUACCAGAUGGACCACCUCGGCCUGAAGAGCAUCGUGAGAAAGAUAAUGACGAACAUGACGCUUGAUAUGAAGUGGGUGGGCCACGGGGAGGACCUUCCGUACCUGUCCGAUAACGUGUUCGGCGGCCUUCCUCUCGAGCGAACCGACGACAAGUUCCUGAGCGAGGUGAUGCUGAGGCUGUGGACGACCUUCGCGGCGACGGGGAACCCCACUCCAGACCUCUCCCUGGGCUUCCGUUGGGCGCCGGUGACCCCGACCAACCUUCACUACCUGAGCCUGACCCCGACUGCCAUGAUGAGGCCCGACCCGCGCACCGAGAAUCGCGCCUUCUACACUGACCUGCCCACGAGGGUCAACAAGAUGCUGUUCCCGGAGAAGUUUGCGGCCCCGAGUGUGGCGCCCAGGGGGGGAGCGGACGCCCCGGACUGCCACGCCUAGGGGGCCGCCGCGCUCCAGGGGGGACGGGAUGAGCAAAGGGUCCAGUUCCCCCAGGCCGGUGUGACGGAGAUGAGCACCGAGGCCACGUGCAGCUUCAGCGUGUGCCCCAAACUCUACCUUCAGCACACUGCAACAUGGCCAUAAGGUUUCUCCUCGUCACCCGAUACACAGAGAUCAUUCCGGUGUGUUUCUUCAUCUUUCUAGCCGCAGAGGGUACAGCAACACCAAACACUGUACAAUGUCCUCCCCGUGCUGGCACCAAGAACGUUACCUUUUGUGUUUGUACCAGUUCGGCGUUUGUGUUCGUCCAGUGUGUGUGCCGUGAAGGGUUGGGUUGUUAAGAGUACAAUUGUCUCAUGGCAGUUGGUCUUCUGGUGUUAUUUUCCGCUCUGUCCUGAGUCGGCAUUCUUAGACGCCUCCGCCUCUCACAUCAACUAUUUCCAAAGGCCAAGAAGGAGAUUAGUCGGCUUCUCAUAGGAGUUUCUCAUGUUCACAGUGUAGAAGCCAGCGUUGCCAAAUUGUCGUACUCUGAACAUUGCAUUUAUCAUAUUUAGGCUCCAAGACUGUCGUAACUACACAAAUAACGGCAGAAAAUUAAAGUUAGCGUUAAAACUGUUAUUUAUUGAUGUUUUUAGUGUUUUCUGCUAUAGUUAUUGGUCAGAAACUACGAAAAUGCAAUGCGAUGAGUACGAUAACUUGGCAACGCUGGUAGAAGCCUUAUCAAGCUAUCCCUAAGCUCGUAAAACUACUCAUAGAAUGCCCACAACCUAUACGAAAGUCUUGUUCUAUGUGAGUGUUUGAGCCCCGAAAUGUUUGAGAAUACGGUCCCUUUUAAUACCCUUCCUGUCCUUUUUAGUCUCCUCUCUCUGUUGUCAAUUCCGUCCUACCGUUUUAUCUCCUCUCUGUGCUGUCAACUGAGCCCCGUCGUUAGAUCUUUCGGUAUUGACUUCCUCUUCUUGCUGUCAAUCGCCUCCUGUCUAUUUCUCCCUCAGUGUCAAUUUCAUCCCCGCGUGCUGUCACCAAGAACACCAUUUUUUUAUGCUUUUCCUAAUUUAUAUUAUCAUAUUACGAAUCUUGUCAUUUCCUCCACUGCAGAGUAAUACGAAUAGUGUACAUGUUUCUUGUAUUACUGAAAAUCACACUAUGUAUCGCCUGGGAAUAGAGAUGGCAUG